AUGACGACCAAUGCGGCAUAUUGCAAAACAUAUCGAAAACGUAUUUUUAAUUUUGAGGGUCGUGUUCAACAGACAGCAACACCUAUUCCACCUCCACAACAUAAUUUUAAUGUUAAUGCUGAUGCCGAUAUGAUGAAUAAUGAAGUUAAUGAUUUUUUUGAGAAAAUGAAUGAUAUAAAUGGUAAUCAAACUGAACAAAAUCUUUUUAUUAAUAGUGAUGAUAGUAUUGAUAGUGGCGAUGGAAGUUCUGAUCCUGAUUCUGAUUCACGCUGUUCAUGUGAUGAUGAUUAUGAAGAUUCUAAUACUUGUUUUUAUUCAAACGGUUCAAUAACUCUUCGUCAAACAUAUACUGCGAUUAAAGCAUUUAUAAUUAAAUGUAGCUUAUCUUAUACUCAUAUCUUACAUUUAAUAUCAUUGCUAUUUUAUCUAUGA